GAGAGAGAUGUUUUUUUAGGGAACCCACAUCACCAUCUUAAUAUUAUCUCUGCUCUAUCCGCGUUUUGAUCCAUGCAUGGUGUGAGUGAGUGAUAGAGUGAGCUAACAUUUGAUAGCUCUUGAUGGGUCUUCAGAGAGAUACGUAUGAGCUCCCUUUGUAGCUUCAGGCUUUGCUCAGAGACAAGCAAUCCAUAUGUGUUGGACAGUGACCUUGGAGAGUUGCCCAUCAUCACCAUCUCUUCACGAGAGAGACCUUUCAUUUUCAUUUUUGUUUUCUUUUGGUCUCAAUUCAUGCCUUUGUUUAGCUACCCAAUGAGUGACGCCUUUCUGUUUCUUCUCUGUGGCCUAUAUAUUCCUGCACUAUUUGUCACCUCUCAUUGACUAAACUGCUCUCAUCUCUAGCUUUGCCGGCACUCUCCGCUUCUCUCGUUCCUUCCAAAGAUGCAAAAUAUAGGACACUCUUACAAGUACAUAGUGAGCCAAAGUUUCAAUUACACAAGAUAGAGAUAGAAAGAAAAGCAAAAGAAAGAGAGAUCAAGAUAAAAGAUUCAAAAUUAUUCAUCACUUGGAGCAUUUUUCUUUGUUUGUAUUUCCUCUCUCUCUCUCUCUCUCUCUCUCUCUCUCUCUCUCUCUGUUGGAUCAGUCUUUGCCUUUAAGGAGACCAUGUUUCCUGCAACCAUGUCCAAUUCCACUACCGCGUCUGAUGAAGCAAGUGUCUCUUCUGGUGCAAGAGUGUUGGAUUUUUGCAGCUUCAACUACAACAACACCGAUACUGCCAACAAGAACAAUCAAGAAAAUUCACUGCAACAGCAACCCCAACAACUGAUCACCCCCAUUCACAACAACUCUCCACAGCAUCAGCAGCAGAAGAAGAUCAGGAAGAAGAGAAGCCUCCCUGGAAACCCAGACCCAGAUGCAGAAGUGAUUGCACUGUCCCCAAAGACCCUCCUGGCCACGAACAGGUUCGUGUGCGAGAUCUGCAACAAGGGGUUCCAGAGGGACCAGAACCUGCAGCUCCACAGGAGAGGCCACAACCUCCCAUGGAAGCUGAAGCAGAGGAGUGGCAAAGACCAGGUGGUUAGGAAGAGGGCUUAUGUGUGCCCUGAGCCCACCUGUGUCCACCACCACCCUUCGAGGGCUCUCGGUGACCUCACAGGCAUCAAGAAGCACUUCUGCCGGAAGCAUGGAGAGAAGAAGUGGAAGUGUGAAAAAUGCUCUAAGAUUUAUGCGGUCCAGUCUGAUUGGAAGGCUCACUCCAAGACCUGUGGAACCAGAGAGUAUAGAUGUGACUGUGGCACUCUCUUCUCCAGGAAGGACAGCUUUGUGACGCAUAGAGCAUUUUGUGAUGCACUAGCUGAAGAGAGUGCAAGGCUCUCAGCGAGUCAACUCACCACCAUUGACCCAAACAUCCCUCUUCACCACCACCACCUUCACCCACCACCCGCUCUCUUCCCUCUCCCCUCCCUCCUCUCCAGCCAGCCACCGCAGCCGACAACCCACGUUUCCCUCACCCCCAACUGGGAUCCACCCCAAAACCCUAGCCACCCUCCGCGGGUCCUUGUAAAACCCGAAACCCUCCGUUUCCAAGUCCCUAUGCUCUCCUCACAACCACAGCUCAUCUUUCAAGAGCCGCCCGGCUACAAGGCCAUGAUCGCCUCGCCCUUCCAAGCCCUCCACAGUGCUGCCGCCAUUGCGCCGGCGCACCUCUCAGCCACUGCACUGCUCCAGAAGGCCACCACCAUGGGCGCAGCGGCCACUUCUGCCACCAGCCACCACCACCAUCAUCACUCAGCUCGCUCGGCCAGCCACAUUGCAUCGCUCAGCAUGAGGGCUGACUACGGCGCACCCAGUGUUCCCCCGGAGCUCGUCAAAGAGCUGGCAGCAUCGCCUUUGGAGAGCCUCGGGGCAUGGCGGAAGAGCAACGGGAUGACAAGGGACUUCCUGGGAUUGACCGGAGAGGUGGACGCCGGGGGCGGGAGGGUCCACGUGGGGGACUUGCUAGGGUUAACUAAGGGGAUGGAGCUUCAACAGGCGUAUGGGAGCGAGCAAUCUGCGUUGAAGAUUAGUGAUGGUUUUGGCUUUGCGGAUCAGAACAAUGCAAGCUGCUUCUCAGGCUUGGAGUGAUAGUUGAAGUGGAAAUAUGGCAUGGCCAAAAGCGGUAUUAAUCUUCAGUGACUUUUAGCGUUUAAACUUUACGAUGAGUCUUUAAGGUAUGGUGGGUGGUGUUAAAUAGCCAUCCAAUGUCAUUGGGAAGAUACUAAAUGAAAAGACAUAGAGGAAGAAAAAAGAAAAUUAGGGUUUUUUCCCUCAUCAAGCAGGCGUUUUCUUGGUGGAGUUUUUUAUUUCUAGGGGAAUUUUCAUAAUCUUUAGAUGCUUAGUUUUGUUACCUGUGGAAGAAUGGUGCACAUUUUCCUUGGUCUAAGGUUUAUUUUCCUUAUCA